AUGGGUUUUCGGUGCGGAAUCAUCGGCGUGCCGAAUGUCGGCAAGUCCACUCUGUUUAAUGCACUGACAGGCUCUCAAGUAGCAGCGGAGAACUUUCCGUUCUGUACCAUCGAAUCGAAUGUCGGAGUAGCAUUCGUUCCGGAACCUCGGCUUCCAGAUAUUGCGAAAAUCACAGGCGUUGAAACGCAAGUCCCGGCAGUGAUUCAAUUUGUAGAUAUCGCUGGCUUGGUGGAAGGGGCAUCACGUGGUGAAGGACUUGGAAAUCGAUUUCUAGGACAUAUUCGCGAGAUGGACCUGAUCGCUCAUGUGAUCGGUGGGUUCGAUGAAAAAAACGAUUGGAAAGACGAAAUCGACAUCGUCAGUCUGGAGUUGAUUCUGGCAGACCUGGAAACAGUACGCAAGGCGACAGAAAAAGCAUGCAGACGUGCCCGAAUCGGAGACAAAAUACAGCAGAAAGCUGCUGCUGUGCUCAAAACUGUCGAAUCAUUGCUUGAACAGGGAAAGCCGUUCAGUGGGGUUGAACAGGAUGCGGAAGAACAGGAGAUCAUCCGCAACCUGCAUCUAUUGACGAGCAAGCCCAAAUUCUACAUAUUGAAUGUCAGCGAAGAACAGCUGCUACUCUCUGAUGGUGUUAUAGUAGAUGAUUUGAAGGCUCCCAUGGUAACAAUCUGUGCGAAAAUUGAAUACGAAUUGGCACAAUUGUCGGAGGGACGAACAAAUUUCAUUUCGUGCAGAACUCGGUGUCGAUGUUUCCGCUCUAGAUAA